GGGUGGCUUGCUGGUAGACAUGUCAGAGAACCCAGAGUAAUGCUAACUUGGCUGCCGUAGUUAGAGAGUUACCUAAAAGUGUCUUGAGGCUAAACAGAGUGAUUGUAGAGCACGGAACACCUCCUAGAGGCCCGUCAAGAGGGUUGGCAAGCCGGCGAAACGUUACGGACCCCGGACCUUUGAUAACUGGUUAGCUAGCAUUAGCUGGCUAGCUGUGGAGCUCCCGAAAAGUAACGCCAGGGUUUGUUUGAUACAGUCAUGUCGGCGGCCGGAGACUUCGGAAACCCUCUCAGAAAAUUUAAACUGGUCUUUCUUGGGGAGCAGAGCGUGGGAAAGACUUCGCUGAUAACCAGGUUCAUGUAUGACAGCUUCGACAAUACUUAUCAAGCCACAAUAGGAAUAGAUUUCCUGUCAAAAACCAUGUACCUUGAAGACAGAACAAUCAGGUUGCAGUUGUGGGAUACGGCAGGGCAAGAGCGUUUUCGUAGCCUAAUCCCAAGUUACAUCAGAGACUCCGCUGCUGCUGUCGUAGUGUACGACAUCACAAAUGUCAACUCUUUCCAGCAAACCACAAAAUGGAUUGAUGAUGUGAGAACGGAAAGAGGAAGUGAUGUCAUUAUCAUGUUGGUGGGAAACAAGACAGACCUUGCAGACAAAAGGCAAGUAUCAAUUGAAGAGGGUGAGCGGAAAGCCAAAGAACUAAAUGUAAUGUUUAUUGAGACUAGUGCGAAAGCGGGCUACAACGUAAAGCAGCUUUUCCGUCGUGUUGCUGCCGCCCUCCCCGGCAUGGAUACCACAGAGGACAAGAGUUCGCAGGGCAUGAUUAACAUUCAGCUGGAGAAGCCACCAGAGCAACCUGUCAGUGAAAGCGGCUGUUCCUGCUAAUGUUCUUGCCUGUGUUUGCUGGCUUUUUCUGGAACCCAUUCAGUUUUUCUGUAUAUGUACCCCUCACUACACACACACCUCUGUUCCCCAGCCAGAAAGAGAACACUACAUCCAUCGUCUUUGCCAUUUUUGAAAACCUGCUCUCUCAUCGGGAUGCUCUGAAAAUCAUGAAUCACAUAAAUUAAAUAUUUGCACUGUAACACACAUGCACUGGAAGCGUAUUUACAGCCCGAGCUCAGCGCUGUGCCGAGCUCAGCGCUGUGCCGAGCUCCCGCUGCCCGUCGUUUCAGACAAAGUGUUGCAAUGAGUCGUAUUGGUGUAGUUUGUGUCUAAAGAUGAUUUGUUGAACCAAACUGACAAAGAAAAUGUGUACGUUAUCAAAUAGAAGUACGUGUUUAAGAGCGAAAAUAUUUUUUAAAAGUCCAAUACUGCUUUAAGCUUAAUAAGCACAAUGUGGAUGUUGUGUGCAUUUGUCAGUUAACAUAAAUUGUGCCGCUGCAGCUGAUUGGCAAAGAUUCAUUCGUGAGUUGUUUUAAUGACACUGGGGGAAAAAAAUGUUCUUUUUUUUGUUUUGUGUUUUUUUAACCUGUCUGGAAUAUUAUGUGGGAAAGUUGCAAAAUUUGUCUUGAGGGAAAUCAGUACCAUUUAGAAAAUGUUGGUGUAGACAUGCGCACAUGAUGCAGCUGAAGGCUUAUUUUACACUCUGAGGUGCCUGUACCAGCAGAGUCACAGUCCUGCAACAAAUACCAGCAUGAAAUGACAAAUCGAGAGACCGAAACCACAGUCUCACACCACCACCACCACCACCACCACAUCAUCACACACCAGCACAAACACACGACACGACUGCACCACCAACGUCACCGUCCUUCCCCUCUCCUCAUGCGUGUCCUUUGAGAUGGGUUAUUUUUACCUUGGCUUCCAUUUUCUAUUACUUUUUUUUUUUUUGCGAUAGAUCUUUAAUUAUUUUUUUCCCUAAAGACUACAGCUAUCAUAGAUUACAACUAUUUCUUUGAUGGUAGUGUUCCAGGAGGAUUUUCUCAUAAAAACCCACCGUAAACAUUAGACUAUGGAGAUAAAUGCCUUUUUGGAGUUAAAUUGUAGAAGAGGGCUUCCUUGGCUUUGGGUUUAUCUAGUUUAAGUUCGGUAUGCCGUUUAAUGAACACUUUGAUUUCCUUUUGCUUGUUUUUAUUUUUGGCAUUGAUCUUUUGUUAGUGAUUAUUCUACAUGUGUAUUUAAUCCACAAUGACUUGUAAUAUUUAUUUCUAUUGGAUUCAUGUUUCUUUUAUAUGGCUGUUAAUAUCUUCACUUUUGAGUCCUGACCUGAUUACAAAAUAUGCAUUCAUAAGGACCACCUUUAACUGAAUCAGUAGAGAGUGUCUGCUGAUUCCUCUACCACCUCUUGAGGGAUAAUUUGAUCAUACUGAUAAUAUUGUGCAAUUUUUUUUGUGUGUGAACUUAUGGAAGGGAGUCCAGUUUGUAUAGUAUAGUAGUCCUUAACGUUUCUGUCUGGAAUGGUUUUAAAUGAAAGAAUAAAAAUACACUUGUCACCGCU